CCCAGUCACCACAUUCAUAGUUGUGUUUACAUGUAGUGGUACUAGCGGGAACGUCGGAGUGCAGACUGUUCCUCACUGUUGUCGCCCCUAACCCGCCCCCCUCCAUCACAACAACACUAACGUAGAGUGCUGUUCGUGUUGUAAAGAACGAGAAGCACUACACGUAUCAUAAAGAAAGACUACAUUUGGUACUUAAGCAGCAUGGGUAGAGCAGUAAUACUGACUCCAGUGAAGCGUCCUCCAGAGGUGAGCUGUGUGACUGGGCUCAGUAGUCUUGGCCAACUUAUCCUUCGGUCUUUGACAAGCUCCACCAGCUACAACAAACACCGUCUCCACCACCACGCACCUUCACACCACAAGAGAGUUGAUCCUGGUGCUUACUACAAAGAAGUAUAUUAUAGACAGUUUCAAGCUGAGCCCGAGGCCCAGCCAGGAUGCACGCAACCAUUUUCCUCCCAGAUGGUAAUGGGUGACUCAACACAAGUUGAGGGAGACAAAGUCCCGCAGCUUACCUUCACUCAGGCAGCAGAGAGAAGAGGGCUGGAAAAUACUGAGUGGUAUGUUACAGAAGGUGAUAAGGAGAUAAAUACUGAGAACAUUACUAGAAGAGAGAGUAAUGUAAAUGGACAUGGACAUGCUGAUAUCUCCACUACAUCAUUAGAUGUUUCAAUGACUUUUGGUCACAUUCCAUUGUCAGAAGCUGGUCCACUGUCAGAAGCUGGUCCAUUGUCAGAAGCUGGUCCACUGUCAGAAGCUGGUCCAUUGUCAGAAGCUGGGCCAUUGCUUGUGGAUAAGAUCAGCGACACUUUAAAAUCCAACUUUCCAUUGCAAAACUUAUCGAGAAAUGAUGCAGAAGAACACGUUACCAAUGGACAAGAAGCAAGAACUGAAAAUUUGUUUGAAACACAUGACGACCAGGAUCACAGGCACUUACAAACUCCCAGGUUUAAAUUUCAUGAUUUUUCAAAAUAUGUGAAGAAAAAAAUGAUGCCAAGGAUAAUCCAUAGAGUUUCUUACAGUGAAGAUGAUAAUCAAGAUGUUAUUGACUUAGAAGCAACACCUCAAGAUAAUUUGAUGUUGGUUCAACAGCUUCAAGAGUACCCUAAUAUUUCUCACAGUGAAAUUAGUAAUAUGCACAAUAUUUAUAAGAAAAAUACAAAUGAAAAUGCAUUUGAAGUUCCUCUGUUUGAUCUCUCCCUUUCACCAAUUUUAGGCUCAAGUCCUAUAAGUGACACUGAUAUCUUGGUUCACUCUGCUCCAGAAAGUCUUAUGAACUCAAUUGUGGUACCAGAAGUCGAUAUAAAAGAUUCUUCGGAAAAUGAGAAUAGAGAUAUAGCAAAGAAGAGAGAGAGCGAAUUAGAUGCAAAGUGUGAUAGUGAUAUAUGUGGAGACCGUAUUUCUGCUCCUACAACCCGUGGCUCAAGCUUGGCUGAUCAUGUUCUCCCAGAAUUAAAUAUUGUGAGAGUAAAUAAUGCAGAUGAAGAGAGUGAAUUUUUGUUAGAUAGUAAGACUGAUGGCAAAGGUGUAGAAUAUGUACAACACACUGAUAAUGUCGAGAAAUUGACAGUGGUUCCAGUAACAGUUUUAGAUGCUGGUUGUGAUGUUAGUUGUGUAACUGAUGAUGAAUGUCCCCCCAAAAAACUAAAAAGCCAAGUAAAUGAGCCCUCUAGUAGUUUAUGCUUGAUACCUAUCAGUGAGGAUAAUAGAAAUACUAAAAUCAAAGAUUUUCGACCCAAUUUUGACAAAUGCCCACAUAUAUAUGAUAUAAAUAGUAAUGACAGAACCCUGUCCAAGUACAAAUCAGAUGACAAAGCAUCCAAUUGCAUUCAAAUAAAUGAACAAGACCACAGUAUGGAGAUCACAAGUGAAACAGCUGUAAAGAAAAUUUCCUCAAGCUGCAAUAACAGGAGUACAGGUAACACACAUGAUGGUCAACACAACAAUCUUUGUCCACCUUCAGGAAAACCUAUGUUCAAGGUUCCUUUUAAAAAGAUUUCCGAAUCGCCAAUAGUUGGCUACCCUUUAAACAGGAAGAACAUCACCUCUACUCCUAAAGGUAUCAACCAAGAUAAAGUUAAAGUGAAAGAUUUUAGCAGAUAUGGACAAGACUAUUCCCCUGGUUGUACCGAAGGUUCUGCUAUCACCAAAGGAAGGAAAGACUAUGUACCUCCUGCUCGUCUUCAGUCUCUUUGUGGACAUCAGAAGUUGUCUGCUGUAGAGCAUAAGUACACAGGAACAGAAGCAUCUUCCUUCAAAUCUGGUAACUCUUCUAUAUUAAAGAAGCUGGUGUUUAAACCAAAAUUUGUACAAGAAAAUCAUGAUUUUAAAACGCAUAGUCCCAAUAAGAAAAUUACUCGUAAAUUUGUAAAGUUCCCCAAUUCUUUACAGAUUACUGAUAGUGCAGAAAUCAAAUCAAGUAAAAUAGAAAAAGAUAGUGUAGUUAAAUUGAAUCGAAAGAUGGGGGAUCAUUCUGCAUUUCCUUGCCAACGUUUUAAGAAACCCAGUUUUCCUACAAAUAUUCCUUGGGAAAAAUCUAAAAAUUCUUUGGAGCUUAAAAACAUGGUAAUUAACUUAUCUGAAGCAGAAAAUAAACCAGAUGGAGCAUGUGGCAUUCUUGCUCUAGAGAGAAUGGAAGACGUCAACAAAAACGGUGCCACGGAAACACUGAACAAGACUUCUUUACCCACCACAAGUGACAGUAAUUUAAAAAAUAUAUCAAAGAGAAAAUCCACAAGUUAUAAUCUUGUGAAUGAAGAAAUUGAUGUAACAGAUAAAUACAUUUUAACUGAGACAACUCAGAAAGGCACUUUAGUAUUGCAACAAAGUUUAAAAUGUAAGAAUUUACAAGACUCUACGAUUGAUUUAGUAGAUGACUUCAAUUCAGAUCAAAGAAUCAAUUCAGAUCGAAGAAAGAACGCAAAUGUACGCAUGUCAUCAAAAAAGAGUAAUUUCUUUCCAAAGAAGAGGAAAGCUGAAGACAACAUAGAUAAAAAAAGGGAUUCGGUAGGAAUGAAAAAAGGGAAGAAGACCUACAAUGAAGAAAAGCAAUUAUUUGGAGAGGGAGGCCACAGAACAAUGAACCAGAAAAAUGUAAAACUCAUGUCUGCAGAGAAAACUAAAUGUAAACCCAAAACUAAAAAGAAUGACAAGAGCCCCAUAAGACAGUGUCAUAACAAUAGUCUGGUAGUCAAUAAACAAAAGCAAAUUAAGAAAUGUAGAAAGGAAGCCAAGACAUCAUUCAGCACUGACAACACUGAAGCCCCAACAGACUUGCCCCAGGUGUGUGGCCCAAGACAUACACUAGGUUGUGACUCAGAGUUGUGUGCUGUAUUGGAGUACAUCAAUGCCUCCUGUGAGGUCUGCUUCACUCUCAUGUAUAGAGAUGGCUCCACACAACUUAGAGAGAGAGUGGGAGGAAGUGUGCACCACUCGGGAAGUGGUCAAGUGACUGGCUUUGCUGUGAGAAUAGUUUGGGGAGUAGAGGCAGCACCUCCUUCCUACCUUCUACCUCAAGCUCAUGAUGCAGUGAAUGUUCAGAAGACCAACCUUGAGUCAAAUGGAGACUUGGCUAUGUGUAAUGUAACCGACUUUGCCACACGUGACGCAGGAGAGACUGCCAUACAUGCUGCCGGAGAGACUUCCAUAUGUGAUGCAGGAGAGACUGCUACACAUGAUGCAAGAGAGACUGUUACACAGGUUGCAGGAGACUCGGCCACGCUGGAUGCUGGAGACUCGGCCACACGUGAUGCAGGAGACUUGGCCACACGUGAUGCAGGAGACUCGGCCACGCUGGAUGCAGGAGACUCGGCCACACGUGAUGCAGGAGACUCGGCCACACGUGAUGCAGGAGACUCGGCCACACGAGAUGUAGGAGACUCGGCCACGUGUGAUGUAGAAGACACAGCCUUGUAUAAUACAGGAGACUUGGCCACAUCUGAAGAAAAAUGUAAAGCAUCAACUGAAGAUGUAUGCACAGGCAGCAAAAUUACUCCCAGUAAAGUGAAAAACAUUCCCAAAGAAUUAACUGUUGUUUACAAAGUUUCUGUUUGGACCAAUAUCAGCAAAGUAAAAAUUAGUGGCAUCUCUCAAAUCUGGACCGCCCCUAUAAAGGAUCCUUCUAAACAUUGGACCAAAUUUGGCCUCGGGAUCUUCCCUUUGACAUUUUCAGACAGUCCAGAUUUCAGAGAGGACCCAUUUGCACUCCAGAUCAUUAGGCAAAAUUCAGAACCUGGCCCUCCCCAGAGACACAGGGAGAGAUCGACAAUCUGCCACCCCACUGGAAAAAGCCUCCAGAAAGUAGUUAGUGAAGCUAUACUGGCAACUGGAGAAUUCACAGAACAUGAAGUUGCAAAUUGUCAUUCAACUCCACAAAUGAUGUACAUGGGACAAAAGAUUCGUGCACUCUAG